AAAUGUAUAAGUUAUGGUUGUGGAGAAAAUUUACAAGAUACAUUCCGCUCAGCUGUAUUGUACCACAGUAACGGACCAAAGUGGGGAGAAACUGUUAGGAUUUCUAUACCUAUGGAAAAAUUCCCAGGCUCUAGUGCUUUGUUUGAAAUCUCACACUGCUCAACCAAAUCCAGUAAAGCAGAGAAGAAGCUCUGUGGAUUUGCCUUCAUGAGAUUGACAGAUGAUGAAGAUAUUGUGAUCAAAGAUGCAUAUCAUACACUCUGUAUAUACAAGUGUGAAGACCCCAGUAAGAUUAAGUAUGAGAAGUACAAGACAAUGCCAUUCCUGGUGGAUGAUUUUGGAGACCCCCGGCAGUCUGUGUUCAUAACAAAGUCCCUCCCCUACACCCGCAGUGCCAGGGAGACCAUCCAAGUGUCCACUAAACUGACAUCCACAAAAUUCACACAAACAUCUGAGCUACUUGGAGUUUUGAAAUGGAGAGAUUGUAUGAGUGACUUGGAAAGAAAUUUGGACAAACUGAUGAAUUUACAAGGAGGAGAAAUUAUGAAGUUUUUGUCAGACAUUCUUGAUGCUUUGUUUGAAAUGCUCCAAGCAGGCAGUCAGACCCAGUACUAUACCAAAGUGUUUCAUGCUUUAAUUUUCAUUCUAAACUUGCUGUUAGACAGCAGGUUUGAGAACUUUGUACCAGUGUUAGACAGCUAUCUCAAAGAAACAUUCACAUCACCUCUAGUCCAUACCCAUUUGAUGUCCUUGUUCUCGGACGGCAUUCUGCGGGCAGUCAAAGGGGAGACCUUCCCAGUGGCCAUGUCACUCAAGGUGCUUGCCCCACUUGUGAGAUUCAUUGUGCGAUCUCGGGAACUCGAGACUCUAAACCCCAUGUGUCGUAACUCUAAGUCAGAAAAAGACUAUCAGAUCCAGAUCUCGCAGCUGUUUGACAGCUUUGGAUGUCUCCUGGCCUCAAAGGACCAAAGACUCAAGAUCUCACAGAUGGCUUUGCUGUCCAAUAUGCGGAAGUCAUUUGAAACUUUUGUUGUGAUCAUGACCAAGAAGCAGCUUGCUGACUAUGUUAAGGCCGUGAUUUCUAAACUGCCACCCCUACGGGAAAUCUCGGAGGACGUAGCCAGGAACAAGAUGGAGUUCACCAGGGAGAUAGUCAACUCCGACCUAUUUCUGGAUGAUGAAUCUCGCAGUGUUAUGCUGCCCUUGUGUAUGAAUCAUGUUAGGCAGUGUCUUCAUCAGAAAAUGUUUCUACAGCUUGUGACGAGCACACUUGGAGACAUACUGGACAAGUUGUUCACACUCAAACAGGAGAAAGAUAUGUCUGAUGACAUUGAAAUGUUUGCCAAAUACAUGUUUCCUGUGAUGGUGGAUACGACCUUGACCUUAAGUGAGAAGGUGGUUCCCCACUCCUUUUCUGUGACGCCCGCUAUAUCACCACAACAAGAAACCCAAGAUUUUGACUGCGAGGAUGAGGAGGUUCAGAAAAAAGGAAACAAACGCCAUGUCGACCGCGAUCGCCGCCGCACUCUGACGGGAAUUAACUUUUUUACCUCUAAACCAAGACCACCCUCCAUCUCAAUGCAAACACCUACUCAUAGUUUGAAAACUAUCGAUAGUACCCCAGUCAAAAAUUUGGAGGUGACCGAUAUCUUCAAGAAAAAAGUCCCCACAUUCUCCAUGGAAGACCUCGGGCUGAGUGGAGAAAUGAUCUCUUGUAUGGCUGAACUGUUGAGACUGAUGGACCACAGACAAUACAGUGUCAUCCUAAAACCAACAGCAGUGCCACUCAGGGAGUUUCUGGGUAGAGUACUGCUGACUUUCAGGGAGUUGAUCAAAGAGGACUUAUUCCCCCCGGGGUGGACAGUCAUGAGAAUGGUCAUCAAUAAUGCUCUAUUCACUGCGAUAGAAUACUUGUCUUCUUCGCUCAGUGAGCACUUCCUCAAGAAAGAUCAGUUUGAUAUGCAGCUGUGGAGUCACUACUUUAACCUGGCGGUAGCCUUCAUCACUCAGCCCAGUCUACAGUUAGAGCGGUACUCAGACGCCAAAAAACGCAAGAUCAUCGACCGAUACCAGGACAUGAGGAUCCUAAUGGGGCAACAGAUACAGAAUCUCUGGGAAAACCUAGGUGCCAACAGACGACAUUUUAUUCCCUCCCUGAUUGGUCCCUUCCUGAAGGUGACCUUGGUUCCUGAGGAAGAACUGAGGAAGGCCACCAUUCCAAUAUUCUUUGACAUGAUGGAAUCGGAGGUGAAAACCUGUGGAAAUUUUCAGUUGGUUGAAAAUGAGAUGAUAGAAAAACUGGACGAAUUUAUCACAACUGAGAACCUAGGAGACACAGAUUAUAUGGCUCUUUUCAGUACAAUAUUGUUGGAUAAAGUUGAGAAGGAACCCGAGCUGAAGGAGAAUGGCCGACAGUUUGUCCUGUCUGUCACCAACCUACUGGAGAGGCUGCUGGACUAUAGGCAAGUUUGUGGAGGGGAGGACUACAAGAGCAGUCACAUGAAAUGUACCUUCAAUAUACUGAAUUUUUACAAGGACAACACAAACAAAGAAGAGAUGUACAUUCGGUACAUUAAGAAGCUGUAUGACCUUCACCUUGCUGCCCAGAAUUACGUGGAGGCGGGGCUGACCCUGAAGCUGUACGCCCAGCUGUUACAGUGGAGGGACACGAUGAGGAAGGAGGAGCUAGACUACCCCAACCAACCAGAGUGGGAGAGGAAGGAGAGGGUCUACCUACAAAUCAUGGACUGCUUCGACAAGGGCAAGGUUUGGGAGUAUGGUAUUCCUUUGUGUAAAGAGUUGGCAGAGGUCUACGAGAAAAAGUUUGAUUACAGGAAGCUGAGUAAUGUUCUGGAAAGACAGGCAAGGUUUUUCAGUAACAUACUGGAUGGGGUCAAAGUUCAGGAGGAGGGGCAGGACCGACCUGUCUUCUACCCCCGACAAGAACCGACCUACUUCAGAGUGGCGUACUAUGGACAACUCUUCCCACUCUUUGUCAGAAACAAAGUGUUUAUCUACAGAGGGGAUGAGUGUUUGAAGCUACAGGACAUAAUAAAUCAGCUGAAACAGGAGUACCCCAUGGCUACCAUCCUACAGUUCACCAACACUAUAGACGAGGACAAGAAGCAGGGGGAAGCUCAAUACAUACAGAUUGGUAGUGUGAAGCCGCGGCCAGAAGACAAGCCAGAGUUUGUAUACAACACCAAUGUGGCUCCUGAGAUUAAGAAUUUCUACGCUGUUAAUGAUGUCAGCACAUUCCAGUUUGACAGAUCUUUCCACAGAGGAGAAAGGGAUCCAAAUAAUGAAUUUAAGACCCUGUGUACAGAGAGAAUGGUGAUGCACACAAACUACUGCUUCCCAGGGAUUUUACAGUGGUACGAAGUGAUUAGAACUGAACAUGUGACUCUUAGCCCCGUGUGCACUGCUAAUGAGGCUGUCAAAUCGGCCUGUAAAGAACUACAGAAAGAGAUUGAUAAAACUAAAAAAGACUCCUCUAUUGAUGCCAUCAAAUCUCUGUCUAUGAAAUUAAAUGGAAUGAUUAGUGCUUCUGUUCAAGGUGGAAUUCCUAAAUAUCAGGAGGCUUUCUUUACACCGGAGUAUGAGAGACUUCACCCUGAGGAGAGGGACAGGAUCCGCGAGUUGAAGGAGCUACUAAAUGAGCAGGUCAAACUGCUGGAUGCGGGUCUCCAUCUGAUGAAGACUAUGGACCGGGUCCACGGGACGGGACUGUCUGACAUGCUGAGGUCACUCAGCGAGAUCCUAAAGGAGAUUAAGGAGAGUCUGGGCAUGCAGUCAGCCUCCGUACACAGGACCUCAUCUCAUCUCUCUAUGACUUCCGUCAGGGAGUUUAAACCGCGACCGGACUCUGGAGUAGACAGUAUGCUGGUAGAGAUGAGGCCGGGCACCCCAGGAAGUGGGUCCCUCCACUCCUCUAGCAGUAAUCGAUCGUCUGGUUACUCGGCUGAUGCAGUGUCAGGAGAUCUGGUUGACCUGUCUGAACCAGAACCAGUUCCAGCACCUGAGAAUUUCACACUACUUGACCUCUCACAACUCAAGGGAGUGAACUCCAACAGCAAGCCAAAGAGGCCAUUGUCACUGAUACAUUCGUUCAGACCAGACAAGGCACAUAGAGAUCGAUCCAAAUCCGUCUGGUAUGGUUCAGGAUCUACAAACAGUUUGCUUCCUGAGAAAUCAAAGUUUGGCUCAGAUCCAGAUAUUGCACACCGUCCUUCUUAUAGAAAUCAAGGUAAGUCAUAACAAGUUCCUACACAGAC